ACCUAUCUAUCUAUAUGAAACACCUUCAUCGUGGAGUGCAAAACGGUGCCUGUUUUCGUAUGUUCUAACCACGUGCGAUCAUGCUCGAUGCAAAACCACCACCGUCAUCUCUUCCUCUUCCCAUCCCUCUCCUUUUCCUCGUCCUGCUAUUCUCCAUCGCCGCCGUUAGCUUGGCUUCCGAUUACGUCUGCCAGGAACUCUCAACGAGCUGUGGCAGCGUAACCGACAUCACCUACCCGUUCUGGCUCGCUAAUGAUACAGCUGAGCUUGUAACCCCCUGCGGCUACCCAGACUUCAAGGUGAUUUGCCGAGACAACACGCCGAUUCUCAGCCUUGCCACCGAUAACUACACGGUCAUCCACAUCGACCACGACCGCCGUAUCAUUUCCCUCGCCGACGCCGACAUCCUCGGCAGUGAGGAUACCUGUCCCAGAGUCCGCCACAACCUCACCUUUCCUCCCGAUUCCUCUCUGGCCUACGCACCCUCCGACGCCAAUCUCACCUUCUACUUCAACUGCAGCGACGGCCUCACCGAAUACAUAAGUCCCUGCCUUGGAAAGAAAUCUUUUGUUCUCACAGACGAGAUGAUCGAGAACAAUUCCUUCGUUCCUCACAACUGCGAAGCCGUCAUCGUGGCUCCGGUCCUGCAGGAAUAUCUGAAGUCUUAUCAGUAUGAACUCGCGAACGGGUUCAGAGAGGUGUUGCACGAAGGAUUCGAAUUGAACUGGUCGGCGUCCACCAACACCACCUGCAGCCACUGCGAGCAAUCCGGUGGGUGGUGUGGGUUGGACGAGACCAGUAGAUCAACUUCGGUUUUCGCCUGCUUCUGCUCCGACGGAAGAAGAGCAUUGUACAAUUGUUCAGGUACGUUUACUUAUCUUCGACCGCUCUGCUUCUCGUUCUAUUUCGUUCAGAUCUGCACCUUCUGUCGAUCCAUUAUCAUUUGGGCCUUUCGCCAGUAAUCAAGAGAUCGGUAGGAGUACCAGAGAAACUAGAAGAAACACAGUAGGUCUAGUGGUUGGUGUAUGAAACUUCGUUCUUCACCUUCUGCGAGUGUUUGCUGACUGACUGGCUGGUCUUUCGGAGGAAACACGGCAA